GAGAGGGGUGUGUGUGUAGUGGGGACGUCACGUGACUCUCCGGUGAGCCACCGUAUAAAUCCUACUCUGAGCACGCGAGGUCCUUCUCUCACGUGAAGGUGCCCUGUUCUGACGUCCCGGCUGCACCGUAGCUUCGACUUCUACUCUUCAGUCAUGGCAGACCAGGCUUUCGUCACGUUGGCGACCAAUGACAACUACGCCAAGGGAGCCAUGGUCCUGGCCCGGUCUCUGCGCAACCACCACACCACCCGCAAGCUGGUGGUGCUGACCGGCCCACAGGUCUCCGACCCCUGCCAGUCUGUGCUGAAGAAGCUGUUUGACGAGGUGCGGGUGGUGGACGUUCUGGACAGCAAGGACACGGCCCACCUGGCCAUGAUGAAGAGGCCCGACCUUGGGGUCACCUUCACCAAACUGCACUGCUGGACCCUCACACACUACUCCAAAUGUGUCUUCAUGGACGCAGACACGCUGGUGGUCUCCAACAUCGACGACCUGUUUGAGCGGGAGGAGCUGUCCGCAGCCCCGGACCCCGGCUGGCCAGACUGCUUCAACACGGGCGUGUUCGUUUUCCAGCCCUCCAUGGCGACCUAUGAGAAGCUGAUGCAGUACAGCGCCGAGCACGGCAGCUUUGACGGGGGAGACCAGGGGGUUCUGAACGGGUUCUUCAGCAGCUGGGCCACGACAGACAUCUCCAAGCACCUCCCCUUCAUCUACAACCUCAGCAGCAUCGCCCUCUACACAUACCUUCCUGCAUUCAAACAGUACGGAGGCAAUGCCAAGGUGGUCCAUUUCCUGGGGCAGAUGAAGCCGUGGAGCCUCACGUUUGACCCCAAAGCCCAGAAGGUCAGGGGGGGCUCCCAGGACGCGGUGGCCUCCCACUCCUCCUUCCUCCUGGACUGGUGGACCCUGUACUCCAGGGAGGUCCUGCCCCUGCUCCAGGAGCACUACGGAGACCAACCUUUCCACUCCGGAUGUGUGGAGUACAGUGACACCUGUGAGGAGGGACAGGCGGAGGAGUGCCAGGAGGCCUCUGCUGCUGCGUCCGAGGCCUCCCGCCUGUCGUCGGAGGAGCGCAGGGAGCGCUGGGAGCGGGGCCAGGCCGACUACAUGGGGGAGGACUCGUUUGAGAACAUCCAGAAGAAACUGGACGCUUUUCUCAAAUAAAGGAACGGCGACGCAAGAUCCCUCGCCAUGUCACUACGCUCCGAUUCCGUAGGUCCUCUGAAAACCAAACGACCCCCCGAAUGCACGUUCACCGUCUCCCACCCACCCGGUUCAUAUCAGUGUUUCUAAGGUCUUAGGAAAUUGUGUCAUCCCCUUUUGCUAUUGGUCCACUUUGUUUGACGGUACAAUGAUCUGACAAUCAACUGCGAUGUUGAGGCUAAAUUGGAGGAAUCUCGCACUAAAGUUUGAACAACAUGCCUGUCAUGUGUUGUACUGGGGGGGGGGGAGACAGACAGACAGACAGACAGACAGACCAACUAACUCAACCAGAGCUUGGUCUGAAUUCUCUGGACGGUCGGUCUGUGGAAUCGUGGCGACAUUAUGCAAGAUGAAUUGAUGGUAAAUCAUGUUCACGAUCAUAUCCGUAUUUGUUGCAGGGUGCUGAUCCCUUUUGUAUGAAUAACGAUGGCUGGACUGUGGGUAAAAGACGUGGGUCUGGUUUUGUUUGUGGGCUGGACGUAUGUAUAUUCAAUUAAUUUUGUUUUUGUUUUAUUAUUCAGUCCGUAACGAUUUAGAUGCACCUUUUUUCUAUCUUGGACUUCAAAUUCCUUGAAUCCUACACUCUGUGGGGGCAAACGUUUACAAACUUGCAUCUUUAAAGAAUGAAGGCCAACUUUUGCAUGGCCCUGCUUUGGAAAAUCGGUGUCUUCCCUUAAUCCACAAGAUCAAGUGCCUUACACUGCAGCGCUUGCUCUCUGCUAACCUCGGCAGGCUGUCUUCCAGUGUUGCUCUCUCCCUUGUCAACAACCAUAACCUUGCCACUGGUCUUUUUGCCAAACGCGUUCACUCACUGCUGUGUUGCUCCAAAUGUUUGUCACCAUGUCACCAUGGCUCUUGUCACCAACAGAAUAAAAACACAUUAAAAGGAA